CUCUUACAUCAGGAUCGCAUCAUGGUGUCGCUCACGUCACUGCUAGUGCUGGCCACUGUGUUCACCCAGACCAGCCAGUCCAUCCCCAAGACUUCCUACCUCAAGCUCAUCGACGUCUGGUUCGUGGUCCUCAUCUCCGAGGACUUCGCCAUCAUCGUAUCUUUGGUGUACAUCGAGGUCCUAAGACUCAGGCACCCGACCAACACUAUCAAGGUGGUACCCGUUGGCUCUGUCAUGGCCUGGGAUACGGUCGUCAAACGGAUAAAAACCAAUGUGGAUGACGACGAGAUUUCUAUCCGCGAACUACGAAAUCGGAGACUUUCUAUGAAUAGGGAUGAGUCUUCUAGCCCCGUUCCAGACCAUCAGGUUAGCCCCAUGGAUAGAGACGACAGCCAUUCACCAAAGCCAGUCCCCGUUAGAGCUCUCAAAGUGAACAGAAUCCUUCUUAAUUUCUUCUCAGUCACUUUGUUUGUUCUUAUUCUCUGUUUUGUGGCUAUGUGUAUCUUCAGUAUAAUUUCUAAAUAAUUUCCCGCCUCUGUGGAGUGAUAUAAAAGUAAAGUAGUCCUGGAAAAAAUUUUUAUUUGGAUCUGUAUAAAUAUUUGGUCUAUCAGCUGUCAAAAAGAGCUAAUGUGAGAAAUCUUUAAAUGAUAUAACAUAACAAACUCAUACUAACACUAGAUUUUAAAUUGUCUUUCUGUCUGUAUGUAUGUAAGUUAAGCUGUAUGUGUACUAGUUGGGGUAUCCAGCAUUACCCAAGUUUGUUUUUGACACUUACUAUUACAUGUACAGUACAUAACAGAAUUUUAACUCUUAUUAUGUUAAAAAUGGGGGGGGGGGAGAAUGCAUACACACACCAUGAAUUAGAGGGGCAGCUCAUAGCCUAAGUCUGUCCUUGGCCAAAUUAAGUGCAUAUGCAUAAUACAGUAUAACCAUUCCAAAUUUCAGUCCUCCUCGUUAAAAACUGUGUAUGUUAUUCAAAGCAAUUCCA